AUGCUGCCCUACACGAGUUGCGAGAAGUACAGGCGGUCCUACAUUGUUUUGAACGAGACGUCGAAAAGGUGUAGUGAAUACGUUCGUCGUAGUGUGAAAUGUAACGUGAAAGGGAUUUCGUUCUCCAACCUGGAGUCUCUUCAACGCGAGGAGGCCCGUCUCCAGUUCGAGCGAGACGCGGCCUUUACUGCGGCUAUAGAGGGCCUUGCUCGAGUACAACAGCUCGAGAAACAACAGGCUCUUGUCAAGAGACGGGGUGCCGAGUUAGUCCGGCGCAAGCUCCGCGACUUGGACGAGCUAGAUGAAGCAGAGGAAAGAGAAAAGGAGGAAAAGGAAAUGGAAACCUGUCGUGAAGCGGAGUCGAGGCAGCUGGCUGCUACGACUGGCGGCCCAAGCGGCGACUUCUCUUUCGACCUUGGUCCCCUGCCGGGUCCUGAUGACCCGAUCUGGGCAACCUUCGAUUUUGGUAGUAGAACUCCUCAAAUAUCUAGCAGCAGUUGA